ACCUACAGUCUAAUCGGACUACGUUUACUGGUCAGCCAGUCACAGUGUACGAGUGGUCAGUAAAGGAUUCAAUUAUCAACUCGAACACAUACAAAUGGAUUGACCCACCCCCAUGCGAGCACUCUUGGGCCUCUAGCACUGAACACACAGAGAGUGAGUUGAUAAGUGAGCUUUGUCGGACCGAAUCGUAUCAAGCAAUCAAAGUUUCUUGGGCCAAUUUGAGCGCAGUCAGUCCAUUGCUACACACGUUGGCUUCACGAAUCUACCUCAAUGAUUAUGAUUUCGAGGAACUCAAAAGAAAAGUCACAAUGUCUCAACGGGACGCUUCCCUGCCUCCACAUCGCUUCCUCCUGGACACUUUUUUCCAGGAGAGCGCUUGCAGUUGGCUUCGUAGGAAUCCUUCCAAAUGGUUGUUCUGGACUGAGGGCUGGAAUCAAAAGGCAAACUUCACCAUUGCAUGGAUGUCUGAUAGCCGGUUUUCCGGCCUGCUAGCCACUGCUGAGCGUGCUGUUAGCCUUGUUAAUCGGGAUAGUUCCUUUCUGGCGGAAACUGAGUAUGCUCUGCGUUUGGAUUCUCACUUUUGUCAAGACGGUGUCGUCCUAAACGAGUACUUCAAAAUUCUGUCAGCUUCCGCCGAAAGCCGUUUGAUUGGAACAAUUG